CCGCCCGGCGGCGCGGUCAGCUGAGGCGGCGCCCAAGAUGGCGGCGGCGAGGACUGGCGUUGCCGGGGCGGUGCAGUAGAGCCCAGCGCCGCCGGGCUGGCCGCGUCCUGCCCCGUCAGGUCACCUGCUCGUCCCGGGAAGAUGCAUUCUUUUGGAAACGAAGAAGCGGUCUCUCUGGAGCGGCUCUUUGGGUUUUUCUGCGAGUGCGUACGGCGCGGAGACUGGGAGCUUGCGCAGGCCUGUGUGCCCCAGCUCAGCCAGUGGCACGGGGAUGGCCCUGAGAAGGUGGAAGCAAUUCUUCAGGCUCUGGUAGCUUGUCCUGUGGGGGUAAGAUGGGGACAGAAUUCUAGCCCAUGGAAAACUGCGUGGCUUUGGCUUCUUGUGCUGGAAAAAUGGCUUGCCAGGAAUCAGAAAACUGUUCCAGUUGUUCUUCAGAGAGAAACUGAAUUUUUAUUGUUCUUAGAAGAACUACAGAAAGAUGUCUCUGAGGAUGUCCUAAAGGAACUGUUUGAAGCAUUUGAGUGCACCCAGAACAAGCACAUCACAGACAGGAAAAGAGAUGGCUGUUCUCACAGAUUCAGUUUGGAUGUUGUUUCAGCUCUCAGGAAGCUUUUGCUGCGGGCUCCCCAGAGGGCAAAAGCCCUGCUGGAGUUCUUCCAGGAAGAACAAGGCACACACAGCUCUUCGCUCCAGCACUAUUGCUCUCUACAAAACAUCUUUGUUGAAUUUCUUCGUGACUCCUUGAAAUCUCUACAGAGGCUUCAGUCCAGUUCUGAGAUUUCAGCAGAACUAGAUCAAAGAGAACUAGUAGAUACAAUUUAUGCUGCUCUUAGUAUAGUGACUUUUGAGGUGGAGCAUCAGGCAGAUGAAGUAUGGCACCUGUUCAGGGAGCUCUUGGAUGUAUGCUGGACUGAGGGAAGCCCACUGAGGGAGGAGAAGCUACUAAGCUGUAUGCUGAGGAAAGAGAGUCAUGGCCUGUUAAGCCUGUAUAGCAGUGUUCUCAUAGAAAGAACAAGAGAAAAAUUUCUGGUGUCAAAAUCAAUACGAAAAGGUUCAUCUGAGCAGCUGGAUACAGAGCGAACCACGAUGAGUUUGUUCUCGGAUCCCAAAGAGUCUCCUUCUUGGAAGACAGCCUAUUUCUACUGCUUGAGCAGCAGCAAGCACUUUCUGGAACAGAUUCUGGUGACUGCAUUAACUUUACUGAAAAGAGAAGACUACUCAGGCCUGAACAGCUUAUUGAGGAGAGAAUUCAACCCCCUUUGCCGCCUCUUGGUAUUGUUAGGAUGGACUCAUUGUCAAAGCUUGGAAUCAGCAAAAGCAUUGUUAUGGACUCUUCACAAAACUCAGGAUCUGUGCAAUGAUUCAGUACUGAAAGAUUUCUGUGAUGGGCUGUGGGCUCAGGUGGAAGUGCUUGAAUGGUGCAUACAGCAAAACAGUAUUACUAUCCCAAGGAAGGUUCUUUUGCAACACUUGCAUGGUCUAGAUUGCCACACUGCAGUGUACUCUCUUCAUCAUCUCACUAAUCUUCUGGCACUGAAUGAAGACGAUGUUAUUGAGCUUCUUCAAAAAGUUCCUGCUAGAGACAAACAGAUGCAGGCGGCAACACUCCCUAACACCCUGAGUCAGCAACGCAAUCUGGCACUGUUUCGAGCAUUUUGUGCCAUGAAGUAUGCUAUCUAUGCUCUCUGUGUGAAUUCUCAUAAGCAUUCCAAGUGCAAGGAUUGCGUACACAGCCUUCUUGGUGAUAUCCCUGAAGACGCAACUUUUGGAGAACCAGCAGAUUACUCUUCAGUAUUUCCUCAGUACCUUGUGAAGUGUCAGCAGUUCUUAAGGAGUGUUCCUGCUCCUCUGCGCCUGGAGGUUUUGGAGAACAUCUUCUCCUUGCUUUUUGUUUCCUACAGUGACCUCCAUACUGAGGCUUUUCUACCUGAAGACUAUGCAGAGGAUGAUGAUCUUGACAAAAAGACUACUACUGUGAGUGUAGAAGGCAGUGCUAGUCGGCGGUCUUCUACCUCUGAAAGUCCACAGCACCUAAUAGAGGCUGAAAAGAAAUUAGAGAGGCAUCUGCUGGCUGCUGAGACAGUUCACACAGAUAACCAAGAUCUUCAUGACUCGAUGUUAGGUGGCAAAAGCUGUGAAACCUCUAGGCUGAGCUACCUGGAUUUGAAACACUUAACUAGUGGUGUUACUGGAUUUUUAGUGGAUGAGGUGGCCAUGGAUGCCUUCCUCACAUUGCUUCUCAACCAUCUGGAAGAAAUUCAGAGUUCUCUCCCAUGGGACUCCAGUAACGUUCUUCGUGAAGAACUGGAACUUGUUGAGUGCUUGAAUCUUUCUGCAAGCAGAGACACCUUUGGAAGUCGUGUGUUACAGUUUUCCAAAUACCUUUCUGAAGCUCACUGGCGAUACAAGGUGGUGAUGAGUAACAGAAAUGCAGAACAUCAGGUUGCAGCUUCCAGGAGAUACUGCUCUUUAAUCAGGUGCUCCAGCUUUAAGAAACGAAGUAGAUCUCAAAGGUACAAAACAGAUGGGAAAGAGGGAACUACCAGUCCAUCAUUAGAAAGCACAAGUAGCGAGCUAAGCACCAGUACCUCAGAGGGAAGUACCAGUAAUGUGUCUGGCUCAAGUGAUUUGGAAAGCAGGGUGAGACCACACCAGCAAAACCCCCUCAUUCCUAUGAUGCUUUCUCCACCAGAAUCACUGUUAGUUUCUUGUGUUUUGAGAGGAAACUUUGUAGAAGCCCAUCAGGUGGCUUUGAUGUUUAAUCUGGAUACUUCACCUUGCUAUGGUGAAUUGGUUUUCAUGGAGCGCUACCAAGAGGCGGUACGAGAAAUGGCAAGAGUGGAGCACAAUAUUGAGAAUCAAGCAUCAGAUGGCACGGGAGGCAUCAGGAAAUCUGGCAGUGGCCGUUCGACACUGCAAGCUAUUGGGAAUGCAGCAGCAGCUGGUAUGGUAUUUUAUUCCAUCUCGGAUGUUACUGAUAAAUUGCUUGCAACUUCUGGAAGUCUUGCCCCUACUCUCCAAGAAAACUUCUGGAUCAGCAACAUCCAGCUGGACCAUACUGAUCCUCUGUGGGAAGUCCUUGAGGACCUCAGUCCUUCAGCAAUGGCGGCAUUUGAUCUAGCUUGUACUCAGUGCCAUCUUUGGAAAACAUGCAAGCAGCUUUUGGAAACAGCAGAAAGGCGACUGUACAACAGCCUUGAAACUCGGGGCCACCGACCUGACUUUGUUUUACUGCACUCUGAAGGUGUAAAGGGUUUCCCAGCAGUUCUCCAGCAAAUAAGUAAAAUUCUCAACUAUUCCUGCACAUCACAAGGGCAAUCCAAGCCAGAGGUCUCAGAUGAGAAAAUAGGGAGUCAUUUUCGAUGCAGUAUUGUAGAUCUUCUGCAAGCUUGCUACACUGCCUUGACAGAAGAAAGUAUUACUAAUGAAAUUGUUUUAUCACAAAAUCUGGAUCAAAUCCUAAAAGCACUGACACGUGUUGAGCAUUCUGUGGACUCUAAAGGAAACCUGCUUGGGACCUUGGUGGAGCAGGCCUCUCUCAAACCUACGGAGCUGGAGAAGCACCUGGUUUGGAAUCAAACACAGCUCCUGCUGAGAACUCUUGACCAAACCAUGCCAGAGAGCAACAUGCAGACAAACUUUGUGAAGGCCUUCUUUGACUACAUCACUACACUGGCUGCUGUUGUGUUACGAAGUCUGAAUGCAGAGCUAGCUCCCUUAGAGGCAACCAGUGCCCUGCUGCUCCACAGGGAUAAGAAGAGAAUGUGUAGAAGGCUAUGCAGAGAUCUAUCUGCAGAAGUGAAAGUGGGUAACCCUUUCAUCCUGUUACAGCAGAGUCCAUCUCAGCUGCUCUCCCAGCUUGUGUUUGAGAGACAGGUUCAUCCUGACAGGCUUUCUUCUCUCUUGGCUAAAGAAGAGUUGAACUUGAAUGUGCAGGAAGUUAUUGUUAACUGUUGCUGUGAACGACUGUCCUUGUGCAGUGCAAGGCAAAACAGCCAGGCAAAGUCUCUUCUGACAAACAUCAGUAACUUAGCACACCAGUGUGCCUACCACUGCCUGCCAGAUGUUGAAACACCUAUUCACAAUUCUGCAGUGACCUCUGAGGAUAACUCCACUCAGGGCCCAUUCUCUCUGAAUGACUUGAGCCAGCACACACUUACUGCAUCCUCCCUGGACUUCCUAAAGUCUCAAUCGAAGCUAAUGGCCACAGUGGCAUGUCUAAGUGCAUCUAAUAUACAGAAAAUUCCCAAAUCGAGUUUAUCUUGGAUGGAAUUUCGGGGCAAACGGGAGGUGCCCUUAGGUUUGGAACAGAUUUCCAGGGAGUGUGAGGUGUUAUUGAAGGACUUCCCAAUAUUGGAACGAUUUCUUCUCGCUAUGUUUGAGCCACUUCAGAAUCAGCAAGAGGAAGGUAGCAGUUUGGCUACUGUCUUCUCUGGCAAGACAUACAUAUCUCUGGUUCUCCUAGGACUGCAUUCCCCCACAGCUGUUAAUGUAUUAAUGGGAGUCUUGGAACAAGCUCUUGCCGCAAAGGAUUGGGACAGAGCUCUGAAGGUCUUAGAUCUGUACAGUCAGGAUGUGGAGGAGCUGGUCAAUGUGAAGGAUGCUGUGCUGAGCUGUGCAACUGCUGAAGCAGUGUCAUUGUCAUACAUGGAUGAUGUAUCCUGUGAAAGGAGGUGCCUUUUGGAGUUUAAGGAUAAUAAGGAUGGUUGGCAAUACUUAUUCCCAGUAAAAAAUGCAACGUUGAGAAGUAGGCUGGCCCUGCGCUGUCUGGACAAAUGGCCCCUUGAUGCCUGUUUGGAAAUCCUAGCUUAUUGCACUUCUGAUUUGGGCAUAACUGAUGAACUAAAAGCCAGUCUGCAGAGCAGGAAGAAAGAACUUCAGGUUUAUCAAAAGAUUUUGAAUGUGCAAAAUGAACCAUUAUGGAAUGACUGGCAGGAUCUGAAAAAAGCCUGCACUGAUGACCCCCAGGCCAUCAUGAAUAUCAUUCUGAAAGCAAAGGAUUAUGAGUUGUUUGAGGAAUGGGGGCACUUGUAUCCUGUCCCAAGAGAAGACUUGAUCAACCUUCACCGUGAGCACCUUCUCCACUUACUGGAGAUGGGAGACAUGGAAAAAGCAUUGCAGCUUUUACAAAGAAUUGAAGACCCUGGUAUUUGUCUUGCUAUCAGUGAACAGUCUCUUGACCAGCAUCUGAACUUGGCAGCCUCUCACUUCUUGGCUGAUUACCUCACAGCUCACUUCUAUGCAAACCUGACAACAGCACGCCGUAAUGAAAUCCAGGCACUCUAUAUGGGAUCAAAGGUGCUGCUGACUCUGCCUGAGCUCUCCCGUGUUAACUACUUCCACCUCUCCUCCAGGCCACUGCUCAUGCUGGAACAGCUCCUCAUGAAUAUGAAGGUGGACUGCGUAGCUGUUGCUGUGCAGACACUGCACCAGCUCUUAGCUGGACAGGAAAUUGGUUUUACUGUAGAAGACAUUGACAAUUUGCUCUCCAAGUAUGCAGAAAAAGCUCUCAACUUCCCUUUUGCAUUAAAAGAAAAGAGAUCAGAUUCUCUGAUACGUAUCCAAGAAAGUCUCAAUCAGGUAUUGGAAUGUGAAGCACUGUCUAAAUCGGGAUCAUCAGAACUAUCUCCUGUCAGCUUUACUGGUGUUACCAUAUCUGCAAGUCCCAGAGACAGAAGUCUGCAGCAGAAUUUGUUUCCUCAAGAAUUUGUGCCUCCUGAGAAGCCACCACCAAAGCAGCAAUGGAUACCUGAUGACACUGAAAUGAUAUGUAUGGUUUGCAAAACUGAACGCUUUACUAUGUUUAACAGGCGCCAUCACUGCAGGCGCUGUGGCAGGCUGGUGUGCAGCUCUUGCUCCACCAAGAAAAUGGCAGUAGAAGCUUGCAGAGAAAAUCUGUCUCGUGUAUGCGAUCAAUGCUAUAGCUACUACAACAGAGAACAUCUGCCUGGCUUGGUACAAGACACAAGCGCCAGAAAAGAAGAUCCGGACCAAGUGGAAGAAACUUCUAAUCAUGAAUAUUCCACAGUGGUGCGAAUACCCAAGGCGACUGAGCUUGAAUGGAUUUUUUCCCUGAACGAAGAGGAGAAUGAAAUUGUACGCAGUGAAUUUUAUUAUGAACAGGCUCCCAGCUCUUCCUUGUGUAUUGCCAUCCUUAGUCUGCACAGUGACAGCAUAGUGUGUGGCCACCAACUGAUAGAGCACUGCUGCAAGUUGUCUCAAGGGCUCGCUAAUCCUGAGGUGGAUGCUGGUCUCCUCAUGGACAUCAUGAAACAAUUGCUCUUCAGUGCCAAAAUGAUGUUUGUAAAAGCUGGAAGGAGCCAGGAUCUAGCUCUCUGUGACAGCUACAUCAGCAAAGUGGAUGUGUUAAAUAUUUUGGUUGCUGCUGCUUACCGUCCAAUACCAUCUUUGGAUCAGGUUCUUCUUCCUGCAGCAGUAACAAGACUAAGAAAUCGGCUUCUGGAAGCAGAGUACUAUCAGCUAGCUAUAGAGGUUUCUACAAAAUCUGGGUUGGACCCAGGUGGAGCAUGGCAUGCCUGGGGCAUGGCUUGCCUUAAAGCUGGAAACUUAAGUUCAGCAAGAGAGAAGUUUAACCGCUGUUUAAAGCCACCUAUGGAUCUAAACCAGCUGAACCAUGGUUCAAGGCUAGUCCAGGAUGUGAUACAGUACCUGGAGUCCACAGUGAAGCCCAUACUCAUUGCGGAUGAUGAUUACUUUGCCACAUUAAGGGAACUUGAAGCCACACUGAGAACAAGAAGUCUGUCUCUGGAGAUGAUGUGUGAGGGGAAAAUUCAGCACAACAGCUACUAUCAAGAGUGCUUGUUCUAUUUACAUAGUUACGGCACUAAUCUGGCGAUAAUAAGCUUUUACAUGAGGCAUGACUGUAUGAGAGAAGCACUGCUUCACUUGCUAAAUAAGGAAUCCCCAUCGGAAGUGUUCAUUGAAGGGAUCUUCAUUCCAAGUUAUGAAAGUGGAAAACUGCAUAUGUUGGAGAACUUGCUGGAGACCAUUGAUCCAGGAUUGGAGAGCUGGGGAGUCUACUUGAUUGCAGCCUGCAAAUACUUGCAGAGAAAGAACUACUACCAUAUUCUGUAUGAGCUGCAACAGUUCAUGAAGGAUCACGUUCGUGCUGCCAUGACCUGCAUUAGAUUUUUCACUCAUGGAGCAAAGUCUUACACUGAACUGGGAGGCAAACAGACAUGGCUUCUAAAGAUCAAGGACCAUCUCAAAGUCUAUCUGCAGGAGGUCUCAAGAAGUUCAGGAAGGAAAAAAAUGGCAUUCACUUUUCGGAAGAAAAUGUCUGCUACAGAUGUGUCAAGGCACAUCAAUACAGUUGAUCUGCAGAUGGAGGUAACAAAGUUCCUGCAUCGAUGUGAGAGCUCAGGAACAUGUCAAAUGUCGGGUUCCUCCUUGCCCACACUCUUUGGAAACAAUAACAUGAAAAUGGAUGUUGCUUGCAAGGUCAUGUUGGAAGGCAAAAACAUUGAGGAGGGCUUUGGGAUUGCAUUUAGAGUCCUUCAGGACUUCCAGCUGGAGGCUACAGAAGUGUACAGCAAAGUGGCCAAGCAGCUGGUGAAGCAGCAGAAGUACAGCGAGAUCCGGCAGCUCCUCAAGUGCGUCAAUGAGUCUGGAGUUGCAGCAAAAAAUGAUGGGGACAACAUUAUCCUAAACUGUCUAAAUGAGUUCAAGAACAUUCCUGCUGAGGAUCUUGACAAUCUGAUUCAGGAUAUGGACAGUGAUGAAAACAAGAUCCAGGCCUACGUGAUGUGCAACAAGUUGCGUUCUGCCUAUCUAGUCUCAGUGAGACAGGAGAAGACCAGAGCAGUGCAGCUAGUCCAGCAUGUGCGACAGCUGGCUGAGAACAGCGGAGAUGACGUUGUGAAGGCCAUCUGUGCCCAAUGGCUCUCAGUGCACCAGCCCAAAACAAGAAAUCGGCUUCCCCAGGGCACUAGGAAGUAAUAAGUGAUUGACAUUCACCAUCAUACAGAAGGGGAAGGCUUCAAGACAGCUUAAAGGUGUGUGGUUCAGCAAUCUUUUGGUAAAAUGGAAGCCUCUUGAUUGAUGUUGGUGGGAAAUGGAUGCUGCUAAUGUGCCUCUGGUGAAAGGAAAGGAACUACAUUACAAGUGCCAGUCCCGUAUUUUGACAAACAGUCACUACCUCAGGGUGGUUUUUUGGCUACCUUUUUGAUGGGGGGGAGGGGGCAGUUUCAAACUGAACAAGAAUUUAGGUGUAUGGAAGAGAGCACUUCUGGUUUUGGCUUGGGUUUUUUUGUUGUUGUUGGGUUGGGGGGGGCAGUUGUUGAUUCCGCCCCCCCCCCCCCCCCCCCCGAAAGGCACUGAACUUUAUUGUAUGUUUUUUUAUUUUUAAUCCGGAAACCCUAUAUAGAGAGGACAGAAAAAUUUCAUCAACUCAGUGUAGCCUAGAGUAUAAAACUCUUUGUGAUUAUGGGUUUCCUGUAAACUUUUUCAAGAUUGGAGAGAUCUUUUUAAGACUGAAAUUCAGAGAUUUUUUUUUAAGCCUCUAUACAAACCAUUGCUUCCCCCCCCGCCCCCUAGUACAAUGUGCCCAAUUUCUUUAGUUUGUUUGAAAAGGUAGGAACUGAUUCUUCAUGGUAGGUUUCUACUUACCAGUCAUGCUGUCAGAUGUGUGCCAUUACAUAUGGCACUUGAGCCCUUACUAGGUGGAUGAAGUUAUAAAGCGCAUAUCCUGUAAGGGGAGUACAAAGGGAAAAUAAUCCUUGAAAAUAGUUGAAAAAUCACAUACCUCUUUCUUUGCUGUGGUAAUAUCCAAUAAAUUAUUGUGAUGCAGCUUUCUCACUGAACAGUUGCCAGUAAACUUCCACAGUUUUUCAUCAGGUAUGGCAGAAAAUACAGAUAGAGCAAGCUGUGGUAAAAUUCAACAGGUGUCUGCAUCCCUGUCUCAGAGGUAUUUAUUUGCUGCUUAGCAGAAUAAUCUGUCCCUGUCAGGUACAUAGAACACCGGACAAAAUUUUUAUGAACUGGACAUACCGUGUAGACUAUAUUGACAAGCUUUGCUCUGGAAGUGUUAGGUUAACUCAGUUUUAUGAAAAAGCAGGGAUCUUUGUGUAAUGGCUGUGUUCAGGGGUGCUGAAAAAAGCAGCUGCUUCUCUACAACCGUGAUGGGGAUGUGAGAAAUGGGCAGAAGAAUGGUAGACAGUAGUAGGACCUUCAAAAAGAAACGGAACAAAAAAUGGCACUCCGCAAGAGUUUGUUUGCUGUUUACGUGUAUUUCAGCACAAGAAAUAGGAAAAUUAGUUCACUUUUUCUGCUAAGAAGUUUAGUUGUUUACUUCAAAAGAAACAACAGGUUUUCUGAAGUGUAAUGUAGCUGUAAAUAGUUUUAGUACCUAAAAUAAUUGAGACUGUCAAAUAUGAGUUUUGUACUAUCCCCAAGCUCACUGUAGUGACACAACAGACUUCCAUGGUAUUGGAAAAGACUUGGUUCAUCUCCUGUAGUGUUUGAUGACCAGUGCCCCACUGACACAAACCCCUCUCUUGGAGGUGCUCCACCCACCAGAGCAGGGCAUGUCUCAGAGCAAAGCGGUCAGAAAUGACCACAUGUAGCUUUCAGAAUCUCCUGACCGCAGAUUUGCAUUAUCUCAUUAGUGAGCAGUACUAAUGAAAGCUUUUGCUUUCAUGGCCAGACUGACCUAGCUUUCCAUCAGAUUACAGCCGUCAGGCUAAUCCUAAAACCUGACACUAUCCAUGUCUUCAAUCAUUUCCAAAUCUCUAACUAUAGGGAGGAGGUUUUACUGUUUGUGGGUAUCUAAAUCUGCAGUGCUGUAAUACCUACUUUUCUGCUCGAGCUCCUUCAGCUGUAUAGAGCACAGAGAGUGGAAUUUGCCAUGCAGACCAGUCAGUUCUGUACCUGCCUUUCUUCCUGACCUCUUUGCACUGUACCUGAUGCACUUUAUAUAGUGUUUGUUGUAAUUUGAUGUUCUUAACCUGGAAUUGUAGGGAUCUUUCUCUUACCAGCAGAACUGGAAUUUUGAUCCUGACUAACUGCCUUGUGUCACGAAUAGUGCAAUUAUAAAGGGGCUUUGAAUUUUUGCGCAUCAAAAAGGGAUUGAGUACUGCCAGUUAAAAACCUUCUCUAUUAAUGACCAAGGUUUGUUUACAAUAAAAAAAGAAUAAAGUAUUAUGACUGUUAA